AUGGCCGCGGAGCAGCAACACUCUCCUGCCCUUGCCCUUCCCGGCGGCCGCUACCCCGACGAUCUGCUCAGCCUCGAGCUCCCCUCAGAUCCCGGUCCCACGCCCCAGCGUCCCCAUGAUACACGCGAGGAGGAGGAGGAAGAAGAGGGGGAGCCUCUCGACAUUAGCAUACGUGACUACCUGCUGGGCACUUCAGAGCCACCUGUCAUCCGCUGGGAAGAGUUCGACAUCGAUGAUCCCGAGUACACAAGCGAGGACGACGAGCAUGCACUGGCGACGGACGACGAGGAGACGAAUUGCCCAGGGAAGAACUUCCCCAGGAAAGAAGCAAGGCGAGUGGACGCAGCGUGGAUGGAGGCAUACACCAAAGGGAACAUUGAAUACCAGAGGAUGUGUAAUGAGAUUCUAGCGAGUGGAGAUGAGAAUGCCCUUCUCCCCGCUUGUCCUCUCAAAGUGUUCCCUGAGGCGUCAGGCCUGUGCAUCAGGAGGGAUCACUGCCACCACCGUGAAUACAAAACCCAUGUUACUUCCAGCACUAAAUCAACUCUUGGGUAUCGUGAUCCGGGGAAGAUGAUACAGAUCUUUGGACUGAAAGUAACUUGCUCUGAGCCCUAUCCGGCUAGUGUCUAUGGAGUAGUUGCUAUCCGGGAUGACUUGGAGCCACUACGGAAUCCUGUCUUUAACCGUCCCUGCAGAGACGACGCUCUCGUGAUUGACCAGGAUUCCCUUGCAUUGCCUCUUUGUAGCCCUUGUCGUGGAAUGUACAUAUGGGAGAAGGCAUUACUAGAAGUCGAUCUUUGGGAAAAGUGCGAAGGAGAUGGAUCAUCCGACAAGCGAUUACUUCUUGCGUAUGCUGAGAUUGAGGGGCAGUAUGAUUUAGAUUUGAUGAUAGAUGGGCAGAUAACAGGCGACCGUUGCAGCCUGGUCAUGGACUACCUGUUGCUUGCAGGGAGUGUGGAGGUUGUGAUACAGGUCUUUGCAAAGGUUGAGCACCCUCACCAUCUGCGAUUCGCCGCAUACAUCGGUGGCUUUGCUCGUGAGAUUGUGCUGUUUGAUGGCGAGUUCUCUGGUGACGAGAAGCUGCUCCAGCAUGUCGUCGCGGUGAAGGCCAAGGGGAAACUGGAUGUUUGCUUGGAACUGGAGGAAUCGCUGUUUUGGUGGACUUUUGAGCAAAGAGCUGUUGGAGCUGUUAGGUCUCCUGACGAUUCGGUGUUGAAGUAUGGCCAAUUCGAUGUGAGGGUGCUUUUUGCUCCCAAGGACUUCACUGUGGUUGGCUGA